AAACUACCCACCAAGUUUCCUUACAAGCCACGCUUCUUUCUCUCCAAAAACCAGUAUUUAAAAGGGGUUCUGCAGCUCAGAACAGAGUUUCUUUUCUUAACAAACAUCUUUCAAUCUCUUAGAUACUAGAUAGGAGAGCUUUUCAGUCCAUACCCCCUAUAUCCUCCCUUCUCUUCAUCUCUGAAAUUCCAUUCAGAUUAUUGUAUCUAAAACCUCUACAGUUUCCCUUCUCUUCUCUAACAGUAUAUCUCUCUUUGUAUUCUUGUUAUAAGGUUGGUUUCUCCUGUUUUCUCCUGAAUACAGAAAAUUAGAGGUUUUUAGCAGGAAUUCAUUUAGAAAUUAUAGAUAUAUAUCAGACCUGAUGGAGUUUGGGAAAAACUUGGUUCUGUAGGUUGACUUUCUCUGUUUGUGAAAAUCCAUUGAGGAUUUAGAUAAAAAUUUCAGGUUUGAUUGCUGAAAAUAGAGGGUUUUAUAGGGGAUUCGGAGGAAUGGAAAAAAACGUUUUUAGGCUUAGAAAAGAAACUGAGCAAAUUGAAUUGCCACCAGGUUUUCGAUUUCACCCGACUGAUGAAGAACUUAUAACUCACUACCUAUCCCCAAAGGUUCUUGACACCAACUUCUCUGCUAUAGCAAUUGGCGAGGUCGACCUUAAUAAGUGUGAGCCUUGGGAGUUGCCAUGGAGGGCUAAAAUGGGUGAAAAGGAAUGGUAUUUCUUCUGUGUCAGAGACAGAAAGUACCCAACUGGUUUAAGAACAAACAGAGCUACUGAUGCUGGAUAUUGGAAAGCCACAGGGAAAGACAAGGAAAUAUAUAGGGGGAGAGAACUGGUAGGAAUGAAGAAAACUCUUGUUUUCUACAAGGGGAGGGCUCCUAAAGGAGAAAAAACCGGUUGGGUCAUGCAUGAAUAUAGACUAGAGGGGAAAUAUUCUGGAUACAAUCUCCCCAAAGCCAAGAAUGAUUGGGUAAUAUGCAGAGCUUUUAAGAAAAUCUCAGCUGGGAAGAAAACCCACAUUUCUGGAUUGGUGACGCUAGGCUCCUACGCCAACGAAUCGUGUCCUUCACUAUUGCCUCCAUUAAUGGAGACGUCUCACGUGACCUGCUUCUCCGAACCGAUGGAGGACCAGAAGGCCAAGAAAGACAUGAUUGAUAGGUUCACCACUCAUCUCGCAGCUGCCUCAUCUUCCUCAAACCCAGCGUAUAAUUCCUCUGCUCUAAACAUGGGAAAUUUUCACUACUCCGACUCUGCUUUAAUGCAUGAUGAGUCCAUAUUGAGGAUUCUGCUUGAAAAUCAUGCUCCAAACAUGGAACGGAAUACAAAAGCAGCUGAGUUCUCGCCUGACACUGGAUUUAGCACCGAUAUCUCUUCGGUGGUGUCCAACCAUGAUAUGGGUCAAAGGUCUUUUGAGGAUCAAGAACCAUCAAGUUCUGCUGGACCAGUGGACAUUGAUUGUCUAUGGAAUUAUUAACUUUGAAGAUGGAAGAAUGUUAUGAAGGAUAAGAAGAAAAAGGUUUUCAGGGAAUUAUUAGUUGUUACAAAUUUGUGGUUGUGUAAAGAUUCUCUGCAUGCAAAUUAUAGGCAUUAGGUAGUAAAAGAAAAUCAUGUAUAUUGAAAAAUUUAGCUUAUCAGCAUUCAACUGAUAGCUUUAUAGUUUGCUUGUAUACAAAAUUCGUGACAUAGAGUUAAUAUACUAAUUGCUGUUUGUGGAUUGUAA